AUGAUGACCAGGACCUUGGGUAUACGUUUCAUACUCAUCUACAUUAGCCACCAGCUGUUGGAUUUCAACACAGCCCUGACCAUCACCACAGGUCAUUGCUAUAAGAAUAUCACGGUCAAGUACCAGGCACCGGUCACCAAGACCCGUCACAAAUUGGAUACAACCCAUCUGGAAUAUUAUGUCGAAAUGGAAGAUCGUAUGCGGGUGGAGACGGUACGCGUCUGUUGUCCUGGUUUUCGAAAAAUCCUCUUUGGCCUAUGUGAACCCAUCUGCAGCAACAAAUGUCCGGAGAACAGCUAUUGCAGUGAACCCGAGAAAUGUCAGUGCAAACGAGGCUAUGAAGAAUCUCACAAUCAUCAUGUUCGGUCCAUAAUACCGCCGAAUACCACGGAAUAUCUAGAAUGUCGUCCCAUCUGUACGGGUGGUUGUGCCGCAGCGCAUACCCAUUGUGUGGGUCACAACGAAUGUGGCUGUAGGCCUGGCUAUAAGGAUGUUAGCUCGUGGUUUGGUCCAAUGCGUUGUGAACGUAUUCAGUGUCCGACGGAUCAGGUCUAUGAUAUUCCACAACGUAAAUGCGUGACCGUGGAUAUGGAUUUGGAGCAGCUAAUGCAAAGGGUGGCUCGAAAAUUGGCCAAAGGCUUAAAUGAUUUGGAAUAUGAGGAUGAUGACGAUGAAGGCGGAGAUGUUGAGGGGAAUUCAAAGAGAGACUGA